AUGAAGGGCCCCUGUGUCAUCGCGUGGCUGUUCUCCAGCCUGGGCUGGUGGAGGCUGGCCCAGCCCACGACAGACGCUUCUCAGUGCCAGAGAGCGGAGCACCCUGUCAUUUCCUAUAAAGAAAUUGGCCCCUGGUUACGGGAGUUCAGAGCGAAGAAUGCUGUGGAUUUCUCGCAGUUAACAUUUGACCCAGGACAGAAAGAACUUGUUGUAGGAGCAAGAAACUACCUCUUCAGGUUACAGCUUGACGAUUUGUCUCUGAUCCAGGCUGAGGAGUGGGAAUGUGAUGAAGCGACCAAGAAGGCCUGUUACAGUAAGGGCAAAUCGGAGGAUGAAUGUCAGAACUACAUCCGGGUGCUUUUAGUAGCCGGCGACUGGUUAUUUACCUGUGGGACCCAUGCUUUCACACCCGUCUGCAGCAAUCGCACGUUGAGUAACCUGACCGAGAUCCAUGAUGUGAUCAGUGGUAUGGCCCGCUGUCCCUACAGCCCCCAGCACAAUUCCACGGCUCUCCUCACGGCCAGUGGGGAACUGUAUGCUGCUACAGCCAUGGAUUUCCCCGGACGUGAUCCUGCCAUUUAUCGAAGUCUGGGCCUCUUGCCUCCUCUCCGUACGGCCCAGUACAACUCCAAGUGGCUUAAUGAACCAAACUUCGUGUCAUCUUAUGCCAUCGGGAAUUUCACCUACUUCUUUUUCCGAGAAAACGCUGUGGAGCAUGACUGUGGGAAGACCGUGUUCUCCAGAGCUGCCCGGGUCUGCAAGAACGACGUGGGGGGGCGGUUCCUGCUGGAGGACACCUGGACCACCUUCAUGAAGGCCCGCCUGAACUGCUCCCGCCCCGGGGAGGUGCCCUUCUACUACAAUGAGCUGCAGGGCACCUUCUUCCUGCCCGAGCUGGAUUUGAUCUACGGCAUCUUUACCACCAACGUGAACAGCAUUGCUGCAUCGGCCGUGUGUGUCUUCAACCUGAGCGCCAUCUCGCAGGCCUUUAACGGGCCUUUCAAGUACCAGGAGAACUCACGCUCCGCCUGGCUGCCGUAUCCCAACCCCAACCCCAAUUUCCAGUGUGGCACGGUGGACCAGGGAAUGUACGUGAGCCUGACAGAGAGGAACCUGCAGGAUGCUCAGAAGUUCAUCCUGAUGCAUGAGGUGGUGCAGCCCGUGACUGCAGUGCCGUCCUUCAUGGAGGACAACAGCCGCUUUUCCCACAUAGCCGUUGACCUGGUUCAGGGCAGGGAUGCCCUCAUCCACACCAUCUACUUGGCCACAGAUUAUGGCACCAUUAAGAAGGUGCGGGCCCCGCUGACUGCGACCUCGGGGAGCUGUGUGCUGGAAGAGAUCGAGCUCUUCCCGGAGAGGCGGAGGGAGCCCAUCCGGAGCCUGCAGAUCCUGCACAGCCAGAGUGUCCUGUUCGUGGGCCUGCGGGAGCACGUGGCCAGGAUCCCGCUGAAGAGGUGCCCGUUCCACCGCACGCGCAGUGCCUGCAUCGGGGCCCAGGACCCUUACUGUGGCUGGGAUGUGGUGAUGAAGAAGUGCACCAGUCUGGAGGAGAGCCUGAGCAUGACUCAGUGGGAGCAGCCCCUCUCCACCUGUCCUACGAGGAACCUCACUGUGGAUGGGCACUUUGGUGCGUGGUCCCAGUGGACGCCCUGCACGCACACAGAUGGCAGCGCCGUGGGAACCUGCCUCUGUCGCACCCGCGCUUGCGACAGCCCGGCCCCCCAGUGUGGCGGCUGGCAGUGCACGGGCCCCCGCAUGGAGAUCACCAACUGCUCCAGGAAUGGAGGCUGGACCCCCUGGACCUCCUGGUCUCCCUGCAGCACCACCUGUGGGAUCGGCUUCCAGGUGCGCCAGCGGUCCUGCAGCAACCCCACGCCCCGGCACGGGGGCAGGGUGUGCGUGGGACAGAACCGAGAGGAAAGAUACUGCAAUGAGCAUCUGCUGUGCCCCCCGCACGUGUUCUGGACGGGCUGGGGUCCUUGGGAGCGGUGCACAGCCCAGUGCGGGGGCGGCAUUCAGGCUCGCCGCAGGACUUGCGAGAAUGGGCCCGACUGCGCCGGCUGCAAUGUGGAGUACCAGCCUUGUAAUACCAACCCCUGCCCUGAGCUGAAGAAGACCACGCCCUGGACACCCUGGACGCCUGUCAACAUCUCUGACAACGGUGGCCACUAUGAGCAACGAUUUCGAUACACGUGCAAAGCCCGCCUCCCUGAUCCAAACUUGCUGGAAGUGGGAAGACAGAGAAUUGAAAUGCGGUACUGCUCCAGUGACGGAACCAGCGGCUGCUCCACAGAUGGUCUCUCUGGGGAUUUCAUGCGUGCCGGGAGAUACUCUGCCCACACCGUCAACGGGGCCUGGUCAGCCUGGACGUCAUGGUCACAGUGUAGCCGCGACUGUAGCAGGGGCAUUCGGAACCGGAAGCGCGUUUGCAACAACCCUGAGCCCAAGUACGGGGGUAUGCCCUGCCUGGGCCCGUCCCUGGAAUACCAGGAGUGCAACAUUUUGCCUUGCCCAGUGGAUGGCGUGUGGUCUUGCUGGUCCUCCUGGUCAAAAUGCUCAGCAACGUGUGGCGGUGGACACUACAUGAGGACCCGCUCCUGCACAAACCCAGCGCCAGCCUACGGCGGAGACAUCUGCCUGGGGCUGCACACGGAGGAGGCGCUCUGCAACACGCAGCCCUGCCCCGAGAGCUGGUCGGAGUGGUCAGACUGGUCGGAGUGUGAUGUGUCUGGAGUCCAGGUCCGCGCCCGCCAAUGCAUCCUUCUGUUCCCCGUGGGCAGCCAGUGUUCUGGAAACACCACGGAGAGCCGGCCAUGUAUAUUUGAUUCCAAUUUCAUCCCAGAAGUAUCUGUGGCAAGAUCCAGUAGCGUAGAAGAGAAAAGGUGUGGGGAGUUCAACAUGUUCCACAUGGUUGCUGUGGGGCUGAGCAGCUCCAUCCUGGGCUGCCUUCUCACGCUCCUCGUCUACACCUACUGCCAGCGGUACCAGCAGCAAUCCCACGAUGCCACCGUCAUCCACCCCAUCGCGCCUGCCCCGCUCAACACCAGCAUCACUAACCACAUCAACAAACUGGACAAGUAUGACUCGGUGGAGGCCAUCAAGGCAUUUAAUAAAAACAACUUGAUCCUAGAGGAGAGAAACAAAUACUUCAACCCGCAUCUCACUGGGAAGACUUAUUCUAAUGCCUACUUUACAGAUCUCAACAAUUAUGAUGAGUACUAAUAACUCGUAUAUUUUUUGGCUUCUUAUAAUUCCCUGUUUCCUCAAGGCCUGUGCUCCAUGUCUGCCCAUGUUUCGGAGACUUCAGAGAGGAAGUUUGGAUACAUUUCAAGUGCAUUUCAAGCCAGGAGUGUCCCAUUGCUGCCCAAAAUAGAUGUCCUUAAAAGCAACAAAAGUCUAAAUAUGACAAUGUGAAAAUCUG